UAGCAGCUGUGAAUUUAGUUGGCAACAUAGUGUCGACUUUGCAAUAUCGUUCGUUUGUGAUAUUUCUUCCACCACACUUUGCUCUCGCUCUCUUCGCGCGCUCCCAGUGUGUUUUGUGUGUGAUAAUACUCCAUCGUAAAAAUUUAGAAAAUUGUUGUACGGGUUUUCGGUUUGAAUUUCUUUUGGAAAUCGAAUCGAUUUUUGUUCUCCAAACAAAUACUCCCCCCACACCACAAAAGCCUUUGUUACACCUGUGGUAUCUGUGAACUCUGUGUUAAUUGUAAACAGCAGCAGAAGCAACAACAAAAAUAAAGUGAUUUUUAUUUUGGCUUUAAAAAUAACGAAAUAGAAGUUGAUGAGCUACCAAGAAAACAAAAGUUCAAAAGACUGACCUUAUAAAUAUUGUAUAGAAUAAAAGCUAAACAAAGCAAUCCCUGUUCUAAAGGACCUGCAUCUGAUCUCAGCUCUCCAUAAAAGCAAUAUUUAAAAUUUAGAUAAAAGAAAAAUCCUAAAGCUUUAAGGAAAUCGCAGCAGAAAAAAAAAAAACAAAGUGAUAACAAGCCGCCCUGUUGUAAGAAAAAGCUAAACAACACCACCACCACCAUUUAAAGCUACAUUAGGCUUUUAAAGCUCUCAGCACUCCCGCUCCGCUCGUAUAAUGUUGAGUAGUAUUGCAUCGUAUCUAUUUGGUUCGAAUACUACUACUGCAACUAAUCCGAAUCCGAGUGACGCGAAAUCGAACGAAAGUGACAUCAAGGAGAACGUUGACAAUCCAACUACCAAAGUCGAUGUUGAUAAUCUCAUAGAAGUGACGUCGCUGACGCCAUCGGUAACAGGGGCAGCAGCAAUUAGCAGCAGUGGCAUAACUGCCACCAGCACCAACACUAAUUCACGUGCCAUACGUCGUGGCAAGAACAAGCGCAACAACACCCGUCAACAGAACAAACGCAAAGGUGGAGGAGGCGGAGCCGUCAGGAGUAAUAGCACAAAGUCGACGGACAGUACAAAGUCAUUGACAAAAUCAUCAUCGUCGCGUAGCGAUAGUUGUGACGAAGAUUUCGACGAAGACGAGUGGUUCAUUGUUGAAAAGGAGGACGACGACGAAGACGUCUCUCAAUCUCGCAACGGCAGCGAAAAAGCAACAAGCGAACCAACCCUCGUGGUCGUCAAAUCGGUCAAACAGCCUACCAUAGCACCCAGCCCAUUGGCGCAGCAGCGUCGCCAACAACAUAUCAAUUCGCAUUCCCUCUACAGUGGACCAAGGCCACAGAAACAACGCAAUCACUUGCAAAAAUCCCGCACUAACAACAACAACAGUCCCCGCAACAGCGGUCUAAGCGUCUCAACAUUAAGCCCCUCCCGCACAGUAAACGAAAGCCGCAAUGGCAAAAACACCGGGAUAACAGCUGAUGUCGCCGGUGGCAUUAGCCGUUCACUGUAUGUGGUCCCGAGUAGUGCCCCCGUGGCCGUUGCCGAUAAGGGCGGCAAGGUGGCCAUGCCGGUGAAUGGAAUUGGAAUUGGCAAGAAUAUGGACGAAUCAUGGUUCGUAACACCACCACCAUGUUUCACCUCCAUUGGACCCAUCAAUAUGGAAGCUUCACCCUAUGAGAACCUAUUGAUUGAGCAUCCAAGCAUGUCGGUGUACCAUAGUAUUAGAUCGGUUCAGGAUACGGCUGAAAGUUAUAUUGAAUUUGAUCUCGACGAUGUCAAGAAGACAAAGAAGGACAAAAAGACGGCCAACAACAAGGAGAAUGUCCAGCGCAAGAACUCCCAGGCUGUCCAACAGCGAUCAUCGGCUGGUUUCCGUUUGGAUCGCCAAAGUGUUGCUCAAUUGAAGCAGGAAUUAAUGGCUCGUACCGCACAAAAGACCCAAUCCAAGAAGGAGCGCAAGGAAAUUUGUCGUUCGGCCAUUAAACGCGCCAACAAGGUGCGUGAUGUUCAAUCGAAAAAUCAUACUUCCCGUCGUGCCGACAGGCAAUACUUCAAGGUUGUCAGUGGCGCCAACAACAACCGCAAUUCUCACUACUAAAUCAACAAUGUUUCGGAACAGAACAGAAUGGCAAAUCUUAAAAGGGGAUAUGAUUUUAACUUCGAGAAAAUAAAGAAAUAACAAAUCUUCUUUAUUUUCACAACAAAAGAGAAAAGAAAAAAGGAAAAAUAAACACCAUGAAUACAAAAACACAAAAACAAUCAUUAAAAAAAAUAAACUAAACAAUUCUUAUAAGAUUUUAAUUAAAAAAGAGAAAAUAACAACAAAAAAAAAAAAACAUUACAAAACCCAAUACAAAAAUCUGAACAAAAAAAAAAAAAACAAUAAAAGUUAACUGGAUAAUUUUUUGUGAGCUAUUGAAGGAGAAUAUUGUAGUACAUUUUGCAGUACAUGUGUAUUUUUAAAAGGAUAAACAGAAUAAGAAAACUAAAAAAGGAAAACUCCAAAAAAGAAAAAAAAAAACAAAUUUAAAAAUCUCCCAAAAAUCCAACAAAAAAAUAAUAAAGAUAUGGUAGUUUUUAAUAAUAACGUUCUCACAAAUCAACAAAACACAUAAAUGAAUGCAUAAUAUAUUAUAUUAAAUAUAUAAAUAAGUACAUAUUUUUCCAAUUUUAAUCCAAGUUUUAAUCUUAGAAUUAUACAAUUUGAAAACAGCAACAACAUCAUGAUGAUGAAGCAGUGUAUAAAUAAGAGAGAUAAAUGAUUUGUAAUAGUAACACUUUUUUUAAAUGGAUUGUAAAGUUUUUUUUUUUUAUUUUAUUUUAUUAAUAAUUUAUUGUUUUUUGUAAUAUUAUUAGUUUGUUUUUUAAUUUAAAUUUAAUGUGUAUUAUGUAUUAUUAUUUUUAAUGAUCUUGUUUGAGUUUUUAUUUAAAUUUCUUGGAAAAUGAUUUGUACUUGAAGAAUGUAUGAAAAUGAUUGUGAGAAAAUGUGAAAACAAAAUAAAAAUGAAAUAAAUAUUUUAAUGUUUAAUGAGAGAAUACUGAAAGAGAAA